CUUCAAACCCUCAUGGACCCUGAAAAACACACUUACUUGCAUUUACUCAGGGAGAUCACCCAGUGAGAACAAAUUCAAUUUAUGGACAGGAUGGAGACACCGACAACUAAAGUGAUGAAAGAACCGACGACGGUGCCGGCCGCCGGAGAAGAGCUCGAGAAGAAGCCCGACCUACCCAAAAGACUCACAGACAUCAAGAAUCUUCAAUUCAUGCAGUGUGGUUCGCUGGAAGUGGGGUGUGAGUGGAGGGUACCAACAAUGGAGAGUAUGGUAGGAGGGACAGGAGGGCAGCAGAGGUUAGCUGUGUUGAGCUAUGAACAAGUACGGCGCCUCAAUGACCUCAUGGACGAGGUGGUGUCAGUCCAUGGACGCGGGAAUUUUCCGACUCUGGAAGUUCGUUUGAAAGAUCUGGUCAAUGUUGUGCGGUCUAAACUAGAAGCAGACGCACGGAGCGGUGGAGCAGGCCUUAAAGUAAGGGAUAUUAGACUGAAUGGUGGAGCUGCUUCACAUGUGCUGGCGACUGAGUCAACACCUUACAACGAUUUAGAUCUUAUUUUUGGCGUCGAGCUGUCCGGAGGACGCAACUUUGAUCGAGUCAAAACAGCAGUGCUUUCUUCAUUGUUUGAUCUCCUACCAGAAGGUGUGAGUAGAAAGAGAAUCACCACCUGCUCCAUGAAGGAAGCCUAUGUUGGGAAGAUGGUCAAAGUGAAUCACGAUGGUGAUCGCUGGUCACUCAUCUCUCUCGGUAAUUCGAGAGGGCACAGAAAUGUAGAACUGAAAUUUGUCGACUCAAUGAAGAGGCCUUUCGAGUUCUCAGUCGACUCAUUCCAGAUUGUCCUAGACUCUCUUCUGCUGUUCUACGAGUGCUCCGAGUUGGCAAUCGGUGAAAAUUUUUACCCCACUGUCGUUGGUGAAUCCGUCUAUGGCGACUUCCAAGAAGCUCUUUAUCACCUCCACAAAAAGCUUAUCGCCACCAGGCACCCUGAGGAGAUCAGAGGUGGUGGACUUCUUAAAUACUGCAACCUCCUAGUUCGCUCCUACAAACCAGCCGAACCUGACCACAUCAAGUUACUCGAACGCUACAUGUGUUCAAGGUUCUUCAUUGACUUCCCUGAUAUAGGACAACAAAGGGCGAAGUUGGAGAAUUACCUUUGGAACCACUUUGUGGGCGGGGCCGAAGAAGAGGGCCUGAAAUACCAGUACCUGACCAUCCUGCACAGUGUUGUUGAAGAAUCAACGGUCUGUUUGAUGGGGCACGAGAGGCGGCAGACCUUAUGCUUAAUCGAAGACCUCGCCUGCCAAGUUUUGUGCAACGAGCAGUCACGCUACCUUGCCCAACAUCCUCCGACAAUCAUUUACGCAGGAGGCUAUUACUACGCACCGAUCCUCUCUCCCCCCUGUAACUGCACAUCCUACAUGACAUGCACAUCGUAACCGCGCACCUUGAAAUAGUAUUCAUUCCUUUGUAUACUAUAACUAUUUAAGAGCAAUAUUAACUACACCAUAAGGGAAUGAUCAAUGAAGCGACUGUGCAUUCAAAAUUUUGUUAAACAUUUGUCCCAAUGAAAAAUGCGUCAUUUGUCUUACGUCAGUCGUGAGUUUAACAAAAAAUUUUUAGUAGAAAAUAUUUAAAAAAAAUUAUAUACAAAAGUUUUUUUUGUUCUGAAUAUUGUUGUUAGUCAGUGUUGGGGUAUUGGUUUCCCUACUAGUCCCUCCUGCAACUUCUCCGACCUCUACUUGCUAGAUUCUAGAUGUUAGGGGAUUAUAAAAGGAUUAAAAAAAUAGCUGACUUUUGAGCAAAAAAUAUGUAAAACUUAAAAACAAAAAAAAAAAAAACAAAAAAAAAGUAAAAUUAAUAACUAGAUUUUUUCUUUGACUUCCGAUAUAAAAUAUCUAGAAUUAAUGUCAUAAAAAAUUAAAAUAUUGAUAAUUAACUUAGAAAGUAAAUUUGUAAAAAAUAAGUAUAUAUAUUUGCUGUUGUAAGAAAGAUUUAUGAUGGUUUCACCUGAAGUGAUAUAUAUUAUAUAAACAUAAUAUAUUCUUUUAUGUGUAAAAAGGUAAGUUUCAAAACACAAGGGCACUAACUUCACUGUAAUUACCAAGGUGUUUUCAGUGUUAUGUACAAAAAAUGGUAAUAUUCCUAAUGAUGUUUUACUAUUUUUGGGAAUUGAAAUUUAUGAUUAUACCUAUUUUAUUUCAAUCAUGUUGAUUGUUUAUUAUGUUUUGAGUCUUUUCUUUUCUUUAUUGUAUAUUUUAUAGUAUAAUUGAUAUGUCAAUUGAGGUAUUGUAGCAAACUGAUUUAAUAAUGCACUUCUCAAUAUAAAUAUAUAUACAACAAAAAAAUCGAUAAAAUUGAAAAACUAUACAGCUGAAAUAUAUAGAGCUUGUAAUAUUUAAUUAAAAAGUGACAGGAUCUAUUUUCAACGCUGUUACUUGCAAAUGCAAGAGAAUUGUUCAAAUUCAUAAACAGCCUCUAUAUAUUUCCCCUGUAGACAAAAAAAGUACCUUUAUAAAAUUGCUAAGCAUUUCAUUUUUAAGCAUGGCAAAAAGUUUAAUAGAUUGUUAUGCAUUAUCGUUUUACAAAUUGUACAUCAAAGCAACACCAUAGUGUACUUCAUUGUGGGUCCUUUUCUUUUUCUUUCUUUCUUUCUUUUUUUUUUUUUUCAAAUUAAGUCGAAACAAAAUAUGAUGAAUGAGCAAUGUUUCCUAUUGCAGAGAUAAUUUUUAAUUGAAAUAUAUAUUGUGAUCUACCUAUCUAAUGAUGAUUUCUUUUUUUCUUCUAUAACUCCUUCCUUGGAAUGAAUAAAUGUUGACAUACAUUAUAAAACAAAAUUUUGCAUCGAUAUAUUUUCUCCAGAAUUGAAGCUCAGUUAGCUAUUGGGUUUAGUAAGAAAUAAAAGAUGGCAAAUUAAUUCAAAUUCAAUGAAAACAAAAUAUUUAUAUUAAAAAAAAGUUUUCACAAGAGCACUUUAUUAAUAUUUUCUUCUUUUUGUUUUUUGCUUUAUUUUCUUAAUAGGUUAUUGCUACACUGAAAUGAUUUUAGACAAUUUUUUGUUUAUAAUAAUGAGUUUUAUUGCUUGUAGCACAUAAUUUUUGUUUUCAACAUACUUAUCUACACUUGACAACAUUUUAGUGUACUGUAUUAAAAAAAAAAAAUUAAAUUGCAGUUUGUUUUUUCACUCUUGGCUGGCCUAUCAAGGAAGGAGUUGUAUUUAAAUUUAAAUAUUAAGCUUUUUUUCCUUUUUUUAUUAAUGUUUUAGAUGUGCCAAAAUGUGUUACCUAUUAGAUCUUGUGUCAUAUAAGGAAAAAUAUAAUUUAAGAAAAAAACCUUAUAUGCACUCAAAUAACUUAACUAAUCCUUUAAAUCAUCGGUGAUGGGUUAAAAAGUUAGUUUUUAAGUGUCAAUAAAAUAGCAGUUUAAUUGUUAAGAGGAUGGCUCUUUUUUUAUUUUUUAUUACUUUCAUUUAAGAUCUCCAAUUUAUUAAAUGACCAUAAAGACUGCAUAUCAAAUUCUAUACUUUCAAAAAGGAAUCAAUAAUUUAUAUAUUUUCAAAACAAUAUUUGAGAAAAAUGUGAUAAUAGAGUGAAGAAAUAAGACUUAGCAAAUGUUUAAAAAAAAUAAUAGAGAAAUUAUAAGAACAUAUUUAUAUUUUGUAAGUUUAGUUAAAAACAGGGUAACACCAAUUAAGCAGGAGGUGAUUUAGUUUCAAACAACCAGUUCCAAGAAACUGUAUUAUGCCCUGUUAAAAAAAGAAAUCAAAUUGCAAAAGAAUGUCUAUUUACGAGGGUAAUGGCUUUUAAUCGGGCUCGAUGAAUUUAAAAAAAAAUGUUUAAAACAACAAAGCCCCCUCAUUAUCUCUGCAAUGGGCGUUUUUUGGUGAUAAUGACCAUUGAUGUAAAUACUUUUAUUAUGACAAACAUCAGAGCAUUAUUGUAAAGAUUCACCUUAUGUUAAGCUUUACAAGUACAAAUUUAAAUGAUUUGGAAAUUGUUUACGGUUGAACAAGUUUGUUAGUGAAUUGAAGAGUCUAUAGAAAGAAAUUUAUUAUGUUGUACAACCCAUCCUUUAAAAUAUGUUAAAAUGUCAAAUAUAUUUUUAUAGACUGCAUUAGUUUUCUGACUAGAAACACUACUAAUGUUGAAGUUUAAAAAAAAAA